AAAUCAGAAUUGUAACUGCAGGAAUGCACACUGGUUUUAAAUAAAUUCAUUCACAAGCACAGCAAUCAUUCUGACUUCUGAGAGUAUAGUAUCUCUACUGCUUUUGGGACCCCCAUUGUUACAUAGUAUAAACCAAACCUAGAAUUGUUGCAGAUGUAAUCAAUCCCAGACCUCAAAUGUAACAUUUCUGGUAUACAAUCUCAGUUUUCACAUACACCCAACUGUUGCCUUCUGACACCAAACAAAUAAAAGGUUUCUUUAAAAUCUCUGAAACCUCAACCCACCCAAAAAAAAAAAAAAAAAAAAAAAAAAAAAACUGGUUUAUAGAUUCUCUUUCCAGAAUCAUAAUGAAUUCCCUUCACUACACUUGUUCCAAGAAGAGCAGUGAGCAGUUGAGGCUGAGAGAUGUAUCCUUCUCUUCUUAUCUCAAACAGGCGGGUGAAGAUGAAUCUGAGAUCAAUGUGUUUGACGCCAAGAAAUACUUCAGUGAAAGCACUGACUGGAAAGAAUUAGGCAACAGGUCGUUAUUCCCUGCGAUUCGUAACCAGAAUGGGAGCUGUGAUCUGUCGGAAAUCAAUCGGUUUUCGUCUGUUUCGUCGGUGGACGCCGGCGGCUUUGGUCGGAAUGUAAAGGCUACUCCUACGGCUUCAUCUGAGGCUAGCUGGAAUAGCCAAACGGGGCUGCUGUCCAAUCCUCCCGGCGCAAUUGCGGUUUCUUUAAAGAAUAAUGUUUCCGAAGGCGAUCUGGAGAAGAGAAGAGGCUCUGCGGCAGCGAAAUGGUUUUUUUGCAGGUCAAAGUGUCCCUGCUCCGGCAAGAAAUCCGUCCAGGUCCAGGAAGCUAUAAGGAACGGCGGCCACAAUGAUCAACAGAAGAUUGUAUUGGAGGAGAGAAAUCAAAAUUUAGGUUUGAAAGUUGAGGUAGCGGGGGCCGUCGCUAAGAUGACGAUCAGAGCAAGUGAUAUUAUUGAAGAUCAAAUUCUGCCUCCAAAGAAUUCAUUGGAAAUUUUCCAGCCACAGGUUUCAAGAAAAUCACUGGAUGCAGUAAUUCAGUUAUCACCCCAGCCACGUGGCGGAGGCGUAGUGGAUAACAGAGAUCGGCGGGGAGGGAAUUUAGGGUUUCCGGGAAGCCCAAUUUCUCGGGACGACGACGUGGGGAGCGACGCGAGCUCCGAUUUGUUCGAGAUCGAGAGCUUCUCCACUCAGACAACCAGCUACCGGCGGCGGGACUCGCUGGACGACGAGGGGACAUUCGUUAACGCGCGUCGGUUGGCGGCCUACGGAGGAGGAGGGAGAAGAAGCCUGGACGAGCCGGCCACACCGAGCGUGGCGGCGACGGAGAACUACGCGCCGAGCGAAGUAAGCAUCGACUGGAGCGUGACGACAGCGGAAGGGGUGGGCAUGGAAGACCACGCGGGCGGCGGCGGUAGCAGACACUGGUCGUGGGAGUACGGGGGAGAGGGAAAGUGCAGCAAGGGGAGUGGGUUGCUGAGUUGUCGGCACGAGAAGGCGGUGAGCGUGGGGCCGCAGCCGCAGCCAGUGAAACUGGCCGUGGCGCCAGAUUUGAUAGGACCACAAACGGAAGCACCGCCCGGGGCAUUAAUUUUGACAGCUUCACAUGUGAGUGGUAGGCCACCCAAGCCGAAUAAGCCGCCGCUGGCAACCUCUCAUUCCGCCCGCUUGUCUUUAGCUUUUGCCGCAUGACGUGCAAAUUUUAUUCUCUGUCCCAUUUUACCUGUUUUACUUUCUUUCUUUAGUUUGUCUAAUAUGUUAUCCUUUUUCUAAAAUUGAACAUCACCAUCAUUCUAUUUUUUUCAAUUUACCCUUGUGACUUUUGCAUUCUUUAUUGCUUUUAUUUUUAAAAGUAAAAAAAUGAGAGACAUAAUUGAAAAGCAUAUUACAUUUA